AUGGAGAAUCAAACAUCUGUCAUGGAAUUCAUACUCCUGGGAUUUAAAAAUAUUAAACAAGGAAAGAGUUUCCUCACCAUCCUCUUUCUCAGUAUGUAUACCAUCUGCUUCGUGGGAAACUCACUCAUAAUCACAGUGGCUGUGUUAAACCCAUCUCUCCACACUCCCAUGUAUUUCUUUCUUGGCAACCUCUCUUUCUUAGAUAUCUGUUACAUCUCUGUAACUGUACCAAAAAUGUUGGAAGACUUUUGGGUUCAAUAUCCAAGCAUUUCCUUAAUGGGCUGUGCUGCACAGUUGUAUUUCCUUGUUGCCUUAGUGGGCACUGAGGGAUUUCUUCUGGCAUCUAUGGCUCUGGAUCGCUACUUCGCUAUAUGCUGCCCACUGGUCUAUACCAGACUCAUGAAUAAAUGGACCUGCCUCCUGCUGACUGCUAUAUCCUGGGCUUCUGGCUUCCUCAAUGCUUCUCUCCACACAACACUAACAUUCCGUUUGUCUUUCUGUCAAUCUAAUGGGAUCAGCCACUUUUUCUGUGACAUCCCUCCCUUGCUAAGUAUCUCAUGCUCGGACACAUCAAUCAAUGAAGUUGCCCUUUUCACUGUGGGUGUGUUUAUAGGACUUAGCCCUUUCUUCUUCACUCUGGUCUCCUAUAGUUUCAUCCUUCAUGCCAUUUUAAGCAACCGAGAGAAAGGACGUCAUCACAAAGCCAUUUCCACCUGUGCAUCUCAUCUCACAGUUGUGGUACUGUUCUACGGUUCUGGAAUCUUCACAUAUUUUCGUCCAACCUCAAGCUACUCACUAGAAAGGGACCAGCUUGUGGGGGUUUUAUACAACAUCUUAACACCAACCCUCAAUCCUAUCAUCUACAGCCUACGGAACAAGGAAGUGAAAUUGGCAAUGAAGAAGUUGAUGAGUGAGAGGACAUUUGCUAAUGGAAUUUAG